AUGGCAAUCAACCCUAUGAAUUCGCGCCUCAAAGCGCAACUUAAAAUGGCCAUUAACCGCUUGCGUCUUGUCCAGGAAAAGGAAACAGCUCUUGCCAAAGAGUCACGGCGUGGGCUUGCUCAGCUGUUGACUGACAGUAAGGAACAGAGCGCGCGAAUUCGUGUGGAGAAUGUGAUUCGGUCCGAUAUUUACGUUGAGUUAUUAGAAAUGCUUGAGCUUUACUGUGAACUAUUGUUGGCGCGUAUUGGCAUGCUUGAGAGCCGUGAGUGUGACCCUGGACUUGAGGAAGCUGUUAAGACAAUUAUAUAUGCGGCUCCACGGACGGAAAUUAAGGAGCUGACUGUGAUUCGGGAAAUCUUUGUAGCCAAGUUUGGCAAAGAGUUUGCGUUGGAAGUUAUUGAGCAUCCUGCUCAAUAUGUACAAGAGAAAAUCUUAAAAAGACUCCGGGUGGAUCCACCCUCUGAAGAACUAGUAACUCUCUAUCUCAAGGAAAUUGCAAAAGCUUACCAUGCACCUUUUAGCCAGUUAACUGAGGAAGAUUUAAAGGAAGAAGAAAAGGAAGAAGAAGAUGAUAAUGAAGAAGAAGAAGAUAAUGAAAAAGGAGACAAUGAAAAGGAAGGAAAGAAAAAGAAGGAAAAAUCUGUAUUGCCCUUGGCUGCACGGGCUCCUCCACAUAAAAAAGUUGACAAGGACUUGGAUGAUUUGCAAAAACGGUUCGACGCACUGCGUAAACAUUAA